GCCAAAAAUGAAAAGAAAAACAGGCAGCUGCCCAGCGAGUCAACGACUUCCUUCACUGCAUCCUCUUGCAAAACUUGACAUUUCUGUCCAUGGAGUCAGUGGAUAAUCCAUUACUACAGAGCUUCAUAUUCCCUCCAUACGAUAUCAUAGAACCAAGACAUGUUCGCCCCGCAAUGCAAUCUCUGCUAAGAAAACUUGAAAAUGACUUUAUUGAAUUGGAAAAUACAGUAGAGCCCACAUGGCCAAAACUGGUUGUGCCAUUGGAAAAGAUCAUAGAUAGGCUCUCUGUAGUUUGGGGAAUAGUGAAUCAUCUUAGUUCCGUCAAGGACUCUCCUGAGCUCCGGGCUGCAAUUGAACAAGUGCAGCCCAAAAAAGUUGAGUUUCAGUUGAAAUUAGGACAGAGUAAGCCCAUCUACAAUGCAUUUAGAGCCAUUCGGGAUUCUUCGGAUUGGGAAACUAUUUUUAGAACAUUUCAUGUCCAGAGUGAGUUGGCAGUUGUUACUGUAGAUGCUAGAAUAUGCCAGUCAAUGAUGUGA